GCCUCCCUCUCCUCCACCGCCCGCCGCUAGCUCAUUGCGCCUCUCCUGCAGUCUGGUUGGAACCCGCUCCGUCUCCGGCUCCAGCCUCCACUCCGGCCCCCAUUUCGGCUCCAGCCUCGCACCCAGUUCCGGCCCUCAAUCUUCCUGGUUGCAUCCUCCCUCCCCGUUCCUGCCCUGCGCCAGCUCCAGCCUCGGGAUUGAGUAGCCGGUCCCUCAAGCCAUGGCUGGUCCCUUCUCUCGUCUGCUGUCCGCCCGCCCGGGGCUCAGGCUCCUGGCUUUGGCUGGAGCUGGGUCUCUAGCCGCUGGGUUUCUGCUCCGCCCGGAACCUGUAAGAGCUGCCAGUGAACGACGAAGGCUGUAUCCCCCGAGCGCUGAGUACCCAGACCUCCGAAAGCACAACAACUGCAUGGCCAGUCACCUGACCCCAGCAGUCUAUGCCCGGCUCUGCGACAAGACCACACCCACUGGUUGGACGCUAGAUCAGUGUAUCCAGACUGGCGUGGACAACCCCGGCCACCCCUUCAUCAAGACUGUGGGCAUGGUAGCUGGAGAUGAGGAGACCUAUGAGGUAUUUGCUGAGCUGUUUGAUCCUGUGAUACAAGAGCGACACAAUGGAUAUGACCCCCAAACAAUGAAACAUACCACUGACCUGGAUGCCAGCAAGAUCCGUUCUGGCUACUUUGAUGAGAGGUAUGUAUUGUCCUCGAGAGUCAGAACUGGCCGAAGUAUCCGCGGACUCAGUCUUCCUCCAGCCUGCACUCGGGCAGAGCGACGAGAAGUGGAACGUGUUGUAGUGGAUGCACUGAGUGGACUGAAGGGUGACCUGGCUGGACGUUACUAUCGGCUCAGUGAGAUGACAGAGGCUGAGCAGCAGCAGCUUAUUGAUGAUCACUUCCUAUUUGAUAAGCCUGUGUCCCCAUUGCUGACUGCAGCAGGAAUGGCUCGAGACUGGCCAGAUGCUCGUGGGAUCUGGCACAACAAUGAGAAGAACUUCUUGAUCUGGGUGAAUGAGGAGGAUCAUACACGGGUCAUCUCCAUGGAGAAGGGUGGCAACAUGAAGAGAGUGUUUGAAAGAUUCUGUCGAGGCCUCAAAGAGGUGGAGCGGCUGAUCCAGGAACGUGGCUGGGAGUUCAUGUGGAAUGAGCGUUUGGGAUACAUCUUGACCUGUCCGUCUAACCUGGGCACUGGACUUCGGGCAGGAGUGCACGUCAAACUGCCCCUGCUAAGCAAAGAUAGCCGCUUCCCAAAGAUCCUGGAGAACUUAAGGCUCCAAAAGCGUGGUACUGGAGGAGUGGACACAGCUGCCACAGGCAGUGUCUUUGACAUCUCUAAUUUGGACCGACUGGGCAAGUCAGAGGUGGAGCUGGUGCAGCUGGUCAUCGAUGGAGUAAACUAUUUGAUUGAUUGUGAACGGCGUCUGGAGAGAGGCCAGGAUAUCCGCAUCCCUCCACCUCUUGUCCACAGUAAACAUUAAAUCCCCCUCCCCAGAAGAUGACUCAAGAUCCCCAGGAGUUCUGCUCAUUCUAAUGUGGCCCAUUCUACUUGCCUUGGAUGCCCCCAACUCCUUCUGUCCUAGUAAAGACUCCUUGCUAUGCUCUA